AGAGAAUGAGCUCAUCUUUUAGAAGCCCGUGUGUGAAGGCAAAGUGAGGAGAGAGGACGCAGCAGCUUCAUAUGACAGUUUGUAUCAGAAAGCAGCAGUGGACACAAACCUGUGACUGAGACCUGCUCUGGACUUCUGCUACGACAAGAGGACGCAUCCAGCGACUUUCCACAGGAGCGCUUUCAAUAUGGUUUGGUCCCGGGAGAGAGAGACGGAGCGGCCUCCGCUGUCCGUCAUCCUGCCGCGGCUCUACCUCGGAGCGGAGAGCGACGUGACGCAGGACGGGCUGGCCUCUCUGGGUAUCUCCUAUGUACUGAGUGUGAGUCGCUGCAGCCCCCAGCCCUCCUUUCUUCCUCGCUCCAGAUAUCUUCGCAUCCCUAUCGAUGACUCACUUUGGGACGACCUGCUUCCCUGGAUCCCACAGGCUCUGAACUUCAUAGAUGCAGCCAUGUCCUCUGGUGCCUCCGUGUUGGUUCACUGUGCAGCAGGAAUCUCUCGCUCUCCAGCUCUGGCUGUAGCUUACAUCAUGUACAGCCUGGGGAUGGACCUGGACCAUGCUUACAGGUUUGUGAAAGAGCGCCGGCCCUCCAUUUCCCCAAACUUCAACUUCCUGGGUCAGCUGCAGCACUUCCAGGGCACUCUGAGCCAGAAGGCCUCUGGUGACGACCUCCUCAUGAAGCAGCUGGACAACUGUCCGCCAUCCAUCAAUGACAGUGUUAUCCACACUCACACCAGUCUCAAUAUGAAUUAUCAGGCUGACAGUGUAACCAGCAACUCAGCAGAGCUCAAACAGGCACACACAGAGAAUCUCCACUUCACAGCUAAAACACAGCAGAGACACUCACAUUUAGAUGGAAGUGGAAACCAGCUGCUUUCCCUAUCAGGGAAACUUCGGACUCUUCAUUUGACUCUUAAUCAAAACCAGCAGCAGGUCCAGACGUCAUGUGAAGUUCCAGCUCCAAACCCCUGUGAGACAGUUAAACCAGCAGCAAUGCCCACACAGCUCCCAGCAGGCUCUGCUCCUCUAUCAGAGAAACGCAAAAGCCUCACCCUCCUCUUGACCCCUUUGGGAAUCUGUCCUCCCUCCUCAGCAAACAGCAGCCAGCAACCAAGGGACACCGCCAUGUCCAAAACUUUCCACAACAGGGAGACAGGAGAAAAGCCUGAGGCAAAGACACAGAGUACCCCUGGCUCCUAUAGGCAGGCAGAGGACACUUGCAGGGAGCAGAGUCCCUCCCGCAGCCAGUGUAGCAGAGCUGAGGUGAAGGAGCAGGGCCUGCUGUCACCGUUCAGCUUCACCCUCAACAAGCUGCUGGGCUGGGGGGAGAGAUUGCUGCUGGGAGGGCUGUUUGCCCACCCCGUAAGAAUGGGACAGCCUUCACUGCCUUACAGGUGCUGAGGGAGCAGCUGAUGUUAAGGAUGCUUGUUGUGUCCAUUUAUUUCUGCGCAUGUUUGUCAAAUUGAACUAAACCACACAUAUGUGGUACAUAAUACAUACAGGAGGCCUGAAAGAACUUCUGUCUUCUAUUUAUUUAUUUAUUUAUUUAUUUAUUUAUUUAUUUAUUGCAGAGCUAAAUAUAAGAAGUAUACUUGACCAUAAACCUCCACACAAAUGCAUCUUGUUUAUUACAUAUUGACAGUGGUCAGCUUAUCCUGACAUUUGUAAAAUUUAGUUAUUUUCAAAGACUUUUGGUACAAUGGUCUGAGAUGUAUUUACUGAUGAUUAAAGAUUACAUUUCA